AUGGCGCUGUUCAAUCCCACCUUUAUUCUCGGCGUCUUCGUCCUCCUAUACCUCCUCACCUUUGUCUUAUUUGCGGUGAUUCGCAUCGUCACCGGACUCUCCAUCCAGCGCGUAGGCUAUCUGUCCCUGCGCAGACUGGCAUACGUUCCUCGAGAUGGCCUCAAAAUCGAAAUCCGCGGCAUUGGCCUGAAUAUUCACCGGCCCACCUUUGCCCAGCCUACCUGGCUCAGUAUUGUCAUCAGCGAGCUGGCCGUGACGGUCGAUACCAGCGAAGCCGAUGGCAGCAAGACCGUCGACAAAACAUUCGCACGGGCUACUGCCGCCAAGGGCGAAAAGGUCGCCGUGCCGGAUGCCUCUGGCGAUGGCCAGCGAAAGACCGAAAAGGCGACAGCCUCUCCACGAAGCCGAGCCCAGUCGACGAGCUCCCGCAGAGAUGCAGGCAAGCCUGCACGCCCGGAAACGUGGCACAAACUCAUGAAGCUCAAGGACCAGAUCAAGCGUCUGCAUGGGAAUGUCAACUGGCUGCGCCUGGUCGAUGUGGUGGCCACCAACUGCACCAUUAGCAUUGUCGGUGUGGGCAAUGUGCAGUUUGGCAGCUUCACCGUUGCAGUGGACACGCGUCGGACCAUGGUCAACCGGGACCGGUAUCUGUUCCGGGGGCGCAACGAGAAGCCGCAGGAGAAGCGUCAGGCCGAGUGGAUCAUGAUCCUCAGAAGCGUGCUCUUCACUCCCGAAGGCAAGGAGUCCAUGGAGAUUGUGGACAGCGCGACCCUGAACGUGCACGGCUUCCUCUACGAAACCAUGGACGGGCUGCGCGAUGCUGCCAUUGCCCUCAAGCUGGGCCGCGUGCACCUACCUUACGACGACCUUCUUCUUUGUGCCCAGCGCUUCAAGAAAUUCACGGCCCGCACAGCAAUCGCGCCCGAUGUGCCAACCGUGAAAGCGGCCUCGGCAGCCAAGCUCCCUCCUGUGGCGGAACAGGUUGAUGACACUAUUGACGGCAUCACUGGCGCCACCAGCACCACCAGCAGCAGCCCCGGCGACGCGGAUCUCGUGCAGGCCGUGCCGGACGCGAAGGAAUUCAUCAAAUCCAUACUGCGGGGAAUCAAGGAGGUUCAAUUUGCCGUCAGCUUUUUCGGCCUGUCCAAGAAGGUAGAGACCGCCAGGGCAGCCGGCGCACCGGUGCUGCUGAUGAACAUGUUUAUGAAAGAAGUAGGGAUUGACCUACAUCGUCUUGACCCCAAGUCCGCGUCGCAUCGGAUGUACUUUCCGCCUCAGGACAUUGCUCACGAGGCCCUGUUUGCGGCGCUGUCUGUCUCUGUCGGUGUCGACGAUGGCCAUGGAGAGCCUCAGCGCUUGCUGUACAUUCCCAUGGCCACGACAACUGUGAAGACGACGCUGCCGGCCAAGACGAUGGAGCUCACGGGGCCCGUCAGUCCCGAAGAGAGAAAUGCCAACAUCUUGUUUGCCAAUUCUGUUGUCACAUCGCCGUCGGUCGAUCUGGACCCGCGGCAUCUGCCGCUGCUUGUGGCCAUAUUCCAGUCGAAGCCGAAACGUCGACGGGCCAAGGUGCAGCGGCGUCCCUGGUUCACACCGGGACUGUUGCCAAAGGCCAACAUCAAGUUUUCCAUGCACGAGCCUGUGCUGCGGAUAACUUUGCCGCCUGUCCAUGCAACGUCAGACCCCGAUGACUUUGACCUUAUCAUCUCGUCAAUCUCAUCGAUCUCCCUCGAUAUCGAGUCGUUUCACCACGCUGAAGAGCAGCUCCAUUACUCUCUUGCAUCGGCCAUGCGGCUGCAAACGCACUGCCUCUUCUAUCAAACAUUCGAUGGCAACCGGUUCGAUCUGCUUCAGACGGAGUCUCUCGACGUCAAGGUGCAGCUCAGCGCCUCCCCCGACAUACAUGUCGUCGCCAGCGCCAAUCUCCAGACAUUUGCAGUCAAGAUGAUUCGGCCAGAAAUCACCGAUGGCCUCCAGCAGAUCGUCAGGCAGCUACACCCCGACGUCAAGCCAGACAAGCGAUUCAAAUCCCGAGAGCCGAGGCAGCACGCCAACUUUCUCCGUGCCGUGCCCGAAUGGCUGCUGCACUUCCAAAUGCAGGCGUCCGACUUCAGUAUCGAAGUGGCGGGAGUGGACAAGGAGAUUUCGGACGACACAAGAGGCAUGGCUUUGCAGCUGGAAUCAUGGACUGCAGAGUACCGGGCCCACCGGGUUGACAACUCUCGCCGGCGGCCGGCUGCACGCCGAAGGACGCUGAGCCGGUCGAUGAUGUUGAUGCCAGACACCGAGCUCUUAUCGGCUCUUCCGGCGUCAACGAAGAAGAAGAACCACCAUGAAGGAGAUGGGCGCCGUAUCGCUAUCCAUGGCCGCGGCCUUGAGGCAUUCAUCGUCGAGUCCUCGGAGAAAUGGGAGGUCGAUCCGUUUGUCAAUGUGCCGAGAUUUGAGAUCGCCUUCUCGACGCAGAGUGACAGCCAAGGCGCGGUGUUCCACAUUCAUUCCCAUGUGCGGACAAUACACCUCCUGUACUCGCUCGAACGCCAUUACUGUGUUGGAGUUGCCACUAUGGUGCUGAGAAAGGCGUUUGCGUGGACGGCCGGCAAGGAGCCCAACGAUGCCAAUUCGACGGGCGCCGACACAUCAACAGCGCCCGUUGCCAAGCCUCUGGCACCGUCGUCUGCGGCAUCCGCCUCACCGACAGCGCCGUCGGCGAGUCAGAUAGAGAGCCCGCCUACGGAGCUGAUUGCGAUUGACAUCAAGACUGGUCUGGUGCAGAUCAAGGCUGACAUGCCGUCGGAGCCACCGUUGAUGCUGCAGAUAUUCAGCCUAGAGACAGGCCGUCACCGGUGGUCGCCGCCGUUCUUCUACACCAAGAUGAUCCGGUUGCUUGCCGAGGCACCGCGGAUGCCCAAGGUGUGGGCGCGGGUUCUCAGUGUCAAGGACGGCCGGCUCGACUGCAGAGAAGCGAGGCGUAAGCGGCCGGCCAGCGGCUUUGAGGUCGAGCGCAUGCUCGACGUGACUGCGGAAGUGAUCCGACUGGCGGUGCCGUACGAGCUGGUGGUGUACAAGAUUACGGACAACAUCGUCAAUGUGGUCAAGUGCGUGCAGCAGCUGCACCACCGGUUCAAGACAGGGACGAACGAAUACGUGCUGAGCAAGGGUCCCGAAGAGGCCAAGCUUCUGCCCCGGAUCUCGGUGCGCUGUGCCAACUUCCAGCUGGAGCUGGAGGACGGUGCGUUUGAGUGGAAGCUGGGUAUGAUAUACCGAGCCGGGCGGGUAGAGCAGAUGCAGCGGCUCGCACGCGAGGAAGCGUUCCGCGUCAAGGUCAAGAAGAUCAACGAGGAGGAAGCGCGGCGAGAGAGCAGCAAGUUCCGGGCACGGUCAGCGGCUCCGCGCAGCCGGGGGGCCAAGUCAGCCGGAGCAACGCCACGCAGCCGGAGCGAAGACCGAAACGCCGGGCUGAGGACGGCAGGGGCACCGCACGGUGUCGGUCGGACGCCGCGAUACGACCCGGAAGGCAGCUCGCUGGGGAUGACAGGCAAUGCACACAUUUCGAUCGCGGAGGCGAGGCACAACCUCGACCUGCACAAUGCGCGGGGCUGGAAGCAGCGAAUCGACCGGCACUACGAGAUGGCACGGAACGGGAUCAGGGACAUCCGCGACCUCUUCUGGAGCUCGGACCGCUUCCAGGACGCAAAUGACGGACACGAGAACAUCCUGGGGAUCCCGGAUCGGCCAGCCCUGAUGACGGCAAUCAUCGGCGACCUGCAGCUCGUGAUCGACAAGCCAAGCUUCCCGAUCCGCGAGCUACCCGACUUUCUGUACAAUGUGGGCAAGGGCAUGCCGCGCGACAUGCAGUUCUCGCUGCUGGUGCCGAUGAACGUGCAGAUCCGCAUGGGCGAGGCCAGGGUGACGCUGCGCGACUAUCCGCUGCCGCUGCUGCACGUGCCGGCGGUGGCGGCCAGCCAGCCGUACAAGAUGCACGCGCUCUCGCUGUCGUCGGACUUUGUCGUGGCGGAGGAGUUUCAGGGCCCGGAGUCGUACCGCCACGUCAAGGUGGACAUCAUCCCGGCCAAGGGUGGCAGCGGGUCUUCGGGGCAGCCAGGCACGGGCAGCUUUGCCGUUGACGUGCGGCGGACGAUCAGCCCAGUCAAGGCGUAUGCAGACAUGCACGUUGACGUCAACACGUCGCUGCCAACGCGGCUUACCUGGGGCCCGUCAUACCAGCCGGCCAUCCAGGAUAUGAUGAUGGUGUUCGAGUCGCUGACUAAGCCGCAAGCGGACCUGUCGGAGCGGGUGGGCUUCUGGGACAAGAUCCGACUGAGCUUCCACGCGCGGGUGCGGAUCGCCUGGAAGGCGGACGGCACGGUGCAUCUGGCACUCAAGGGCACGCGCGACCCGUACCAGGUGACGGGCAACGGCACUGGGUUGCUGAUGUGCUGGCGCAACGACGUGCGUUGGAACGUGCACGUGGACGACGACCCGAAGCAGUUCAUGACGGUGGACAGCGGCGAGUAUAUCCUGGCGGUGCCAGACUACAGCCAUCACGCACGCGAGGCGGCGCGGCAGGGCACCGACAGCGACAGCCUGGCGAGCGAGGACACGCUGCGGUCGGGCGCGGCCUUCAAGAAGGUGAUAAUGAAGCUAUCGGGCAGGGUGCGCUGGCUGGCGGGCCUGAUGUUCGAGCAAGCGAUCGUGGACGGCAAGCGUAACUUUUCGUUUGCGCCGCACUACAGCGUGGUGCUCAAGUCGCCACAGCACUCGCAGUCGAUCGACGGGCAGCCGUACGACGCGUUCCGGGGCUUCCGCAGCGAGCACAUCCACAUGUCGUUGGCGAUCCUGGCGCCAGUGGAUCGCGACUGGCGGGCGGCCAACGCAGAGCCGUCGCGGAGCUACAACACGGUGCACCUGUCGCCGCGGUUCUUCACGCACUUUUUUGCGUGGUGGUCGCUGUUCGGCGGCCCGAUGUCGCUGCCGGUGCGGCAGGGUAGUCUCUGGCCAGGGCGCGAGAAGGGGUCGAAGAAGUUUGGGCGGCACCUGGCGACACUCAAGUACAACAUCCUGCUCGCACCGCUCUUCCUCAGCCACAUCUACAAGCACAGCGACAGCGACGAGCACGGCGAGAGCUCGAGCUCGGCAACGGGUGUCAAGGUGCGGUUCGACAGCUUCAUGCUAGACCUGCACCAGCGGCGGGAGGAGUUCAACACGCGCGACAAGGGCGGCAAGACACAGAGCCGGACGACGAGCAUGAAGAUCCACGCUGGGCAGCUGGACCUGGCGGCGGCAGACAUCCGGGCAGUGUCGGCGACGAUCCGCGGAGCGACGGCGGAGAGCAUCCAGAACACGCUGCUGCAGCACGACGACAUGGCGGUGGACGUGUCGCGGUUCACGAUCCCAGACGAGGACUUCAGCUGGAUCGAUAUGGACGACUUUGUGGAGCUGGACUGGAUCCUGCCGACGGAGGCGAACCCGGACACGAAGAUCCUGCCGCUGGCAUACGCACCUCGCUUCACGUACACGCGGCAGACGGACAUUGACGGGGUGAUCUCGGGCGACCCGGACCGGACGAGUCCGUUUGGGCAAGAGCCGACGCACAUGAGCAAUAUGACGCCGGAUUCAGACCCGGGCACGGUGCAGAAACAGCUGAUCGGCGAGCGGCUGCAGCAGCUGGACCAGCAGAUAGAGGAGCUGGUCCAGACGAUCGGCGACGUCGGCAGCCGGAUGGGUGGAGGGGCCGGGGGCGAUCCACAAGACCCGGUGCUGGCAGCCGAGAUUGCAGACCUCUCGCGUCAGGCCAACGUGCUGCAGGAAAAGCGGCUCUUCCUCGAGAACAUGCUGCAGCAGGUGAAGACGGACGCGGCAGCAGCAGCAGAGGCAGCGACCUCAGAGUUAGCAGACGGUGUGGGCAGCCCAACAGCCAGCGGCAGCGGCACGGAAGACGGCAGCCAGUUCUCGAACCGGUUCGUGAUUCACAACAUGAAGUUCAAGUGGAACAACACGCUGCGCAACAUUCUGCUGCGCUACAUCCACCAAGUGAGCCAGCGGCGGGGAUUCGUGUACUACCUCUCGCGGCCGGCGGUCAAGUUCAUCCUCGACAUUGUGGAGGAGCAGGCCAAGCUGAAGGCAGGCAUGGGCGGGGCCGAAGGGUUGGCGGGCACGGCGGGCACGUCGGCAGCAUCGGUGGCGUCGUCGGAGGCGAUGGGCGGCGGGACGGCAGAGGCGGGUGGCAACGGCAACGGCAGCAACAACAACAUUGAGGAUAGAAUCCGCAAGAUCCUGCAGGACGGCAAGAAGUUUGUCAGCGUCGAGGACGAGGGCCCGGGUGGCGAUGGUGGCGGCGGUGGGCGGAAGGGCCGAAAGGAGGAGACGGUAUACAACACGCCGAUGGAAGACCUGACGGGCGGAAUCUCGGGCGACUUUGCGCCGCAGUUCAACUACCAUCUUCGGCUGGUGGCGCCGCAGAUCCAGAUGCAGAGCGACAAGAACCGCAAGCACGUGGUGCUGGUGACGGCCAAGGCGAUGGAGCUCAAGGUGGUGGAGGUGUAUGACAAGGCGCGACUGUCGGACGAUGUGAGCGGACUGGUGCAGCGACGGUUCCUAGUGGGAAUGGACAGCACGCAGUUCUUUGUGACGCACCGCAAGUGGUUCCUGACCCGGGCGUUGUCAGCGUAUUCGGGCAGCAGCUACGGGUCACGGCGGGGAUCGAGCUGGCCGCCAUGGGUGCCGAUGGAGGCGAUGGUGGACUUUGAGCGCGAUCCGUUUGGGUUCCGGCGGGUGGUACAGAAGACGUCGGCGACGCUGCGGUACGACAAGUACAACACGCUGCGGCUCAAGUACAACGAGGGCGUGAGUGCAGGCGAAGGCGCGACGGCAGCAACAUCGGCAACAGCAACGGCAACGAGCAGCGGCGACAACACGGAGCUGCGGAUGGACAACCUGUGGGUAGAGUUUCCGCAGGUGCGGGCGCUGUGCAACUCGUCGCAGUACUACGCCAUCUACGUGAUCGUGCUGGAUCUGCUGAUGUACAGCGAGCCACUGGAGAAGACGCGCAGCGAGAGGCUGGAGAAGAUCAUGCUGGCGUCAGACUUCAGCGACCUGCGUGGCGCACCCGAGGUGGUGAUCCGGCUGCAGGAGCGGGUGCGGCAGCUCGAGGACAUCAAGACGCACUUCCAGAUCCACUCCAAAUACCUGGACAGACGCGGCUGGGAGGAACGGCUGCUGCUGGAACGCGACCUGGCCGCGUGCGAGGACGAGCUGUUCUUCAUCAUGCAGGCGAUCACGCGGUCGCAGGCGCGCAACGAAGCGAACGAGGCAGCAGCAGCAGCAGCAGCAGCAGCAGCAGCGGCAGCCGAGGCCGGCAGCGAGAGCAGCAGCAUCAGCGGGAGCAAUGCGCUGCUCAAGUGGAGCAUUUCGGCGCGCGAAAUCGUGUGGCAUCUGGUGCGCAACAGCCACGAGCCGCUGGUCGAGCUGCAGCUCAAGGACGUCGAGUACGACCGCACCGACAACGCCGACGGCUCGCACAUCAACCUGAUCCAGGUCGGCCGCAUCCUCGGGCUCAACCUGCUGCCUGACGCAACCUAUCCCGAGAUGGUGGCGCCGUACUUUGAUGCUCGCGGCCCCGGGCCACGUGACAUGGACACUCAGCCGAUGGUAAGCGUGUACUGGUACAUGCUCGAAGCUAUUGCCGGCAUCACGGUCAUGGACCACUUUGAGGUCACCCUGUUUCCCAUGCGUAUCCAGCUGGAGCACGAGGUUGGCAAGAAGCUGUUCGAGUACAUCUUCCCGGACAGCGACGGCGACGCCAUCAACAAGGACGGCACGGCCACGGCCAACGACGGGCCGACCGUCGAGGACGACGAGGACGACAACGAGGACGACGAAUCCAUCUUUGCGACCGACGAGACGACAGCGGCGGCGGCGGCAGCACUGGAUGGUGACCGCGCAGGCUCGCUGGAGAUGCGGCUGCACCCGACGCUGACGUCGAACCAGCGGACGACGACGUCGCCGUCGGCAAGCCCAAGCACAAUUCUCGGCGAUGGCAGCAGCAGCAAGCACAAGACGCCGAGCGUGCACUCAGGCGACAGCGGCAGCCACCCGUUCCGCUUCUUCCGCACGCCCAACACAGGCUCGACGACGCGGUCGCUGGCCCGCCGGCCGUCGCACGAGUCGCUGCAGUCGCUGCAAUCGAUCCAGUCGCUGCAAUCGGCCCAGUCAAUGCGCACUGGCACCGGCAUUAACCGCUCGGCCACCGGCCUCUCCUCGCUCAUGGAUGGCAGCACUGUCACGGCCAACAGCGGCAGCAGCAGCCGCUUCGGCCUGCGCCGCAAAAAUUCGGAAGGCACCAAGCCGGAGAUGGGCAGUACCAACAUCACCAACACCAGCGCCUCGGCCACGGCCACGGCCUCGGCCAACGCCAACGCCAGCUCCAGCUCCAACAUCAUCCGCCAGACCGUCCUCGGCGGCCACGGCAACAACCACACGUCGGACGACCUGACCAAGAUGAUCGCCCGCGCCAGCAACUACAUGACGUUUGCCCAUGUCCGCAUGCCGUCGGUCGUGCUGUGUCUCAGCUACAAGGGCCGGGGCGACCGCAACCUCGAGGAUGUGCACGACUUUGUCUUCCGGCUGCCGACGAUCGAAUACCGCAACAAGACGUGGUCGAACCUGGAUCUGGCCCUGGAGCUGAAGAGCCGGGUGAUCAAGGCACUGAUCUCGCACACCGGCGCCAUCAUCAACAACAAGUUCAGCAAGCACCGCCCGAACGUGGCCCAGCAGUCGAAGCUGCGCGAGCUGGCCACGAGCUCAGUCCUGCUGUCGACACCAGCCGCCAUGCCAGAUGCCCCCGACGGCGGCAGCAGCCGCUAUGGCAAGAGCAAGAGCAAGAUUCGCGACAAUGCGAGCAUCUACAGCACCGGCAAUGGCAGCCCGACCGACGACGCCGUGUCCAUCUUUGGCGGCUCGGCCAUCGACUAUUCGCGCUCGCCGCCGCGCUCGCUGCGCAGCUUCCAGGCUGCCUCCUCCUUUGCCAUGCCGCGGCCGGGAAGCCGCGACUCCAACAUGGACGAGCAGGUUGCCACGUCGCGCAAGGCGGCCAAGGCAGCUGCAGCUGCAGCCGCAGCAGCCGCAGCCGGUCGUCGGCCCGGAUCUUCCUCGGCUUCGUCCACUCUCGGCAUGGGCGAUUUUCUGCGGCCCGGCAGCAGCCAUCGUCACGUGACCCGCAUCACGGGCGGCAUGUCGUCGGCCGUCGCGCCCGACGCGACCAUGGACCGGAAGAAGACCGGCUUUGGCGGCGUGCGUGACCGCCUGAACGCGCUCAAGUCGAGGGUCAAGGAUGGCGGCAGCGCCAGUGCCAGUGCCAGCAGCUACAGCGCCAGCAUCAACAGCAAUGUCGAGGCCGACACCAACGCCGGAACGGAUGCCGACACCGACACCGACACCGAGGCCGACUUGGACGGGCAGCCGGACGUCGACGACGACAACACCAGGCUCCAGCAGACAAAGACGGCCUGA